UAUUGCUACAGCCAAAACGAACCAAUUUUUCCCUUUCAAUUGAAAAUUCCGAGGAAAAAGAACCGAAUGAGAAUGAUUCUUCUAAGCUGUACUCCGUGACAGUUCCACAACAUAGUUAUAUCCGCAAAGCAAAACUAGUUAAAACAUCCUCCAAAAACAAUCCUCCUUCAACAGAUACUACAGAUAUUCAUUUCUUGAGACACUGUUGAUACAUACUAGAUACUGCAUAGUACAUAAUUUCACAAAACCAUGGUUGGUGAGAUUGAUACUACAUCAAUUGAACCUGUCCGGCACGGAGUCUCUUUAUUCGACGAUAAAAGCGAUCCGAAGAAAUUUCUACCUACAUGGAAUAAGCGUGACUAUGAGAAAGAGAUUGAGGAUUUGACAAAGGAAUUGGCAAGCUACAAGGUUCAGUUAGAAGCUAAGCAUGUUGCACACAUCAAAGCACUUCUUAAGCCGGAACAAAACCAGAAAAUGAUUCAUGAGUUGUCUACCUUGCUUAAGAACUCUGAUAUCGAAAGAAAUAAGUACGUGAACGAAUGUUCGGAGAGUAGAGCUAGCAAAGACGGGCUUGAAUCGAUGACGAAAGAGAUGGCUGAUCUUAAAUUAGAAACUGUGAAAGUUCGGGACCAGCUUUCGCAUGUUUUGAGUGAAUUGAAGGCCACACAACGAGAACUUGUUGAUAAAGAUACUGAGAUUUGUAUGGCUAGAGAUUCGGAAUUGAACGCUUUGGAGAAGGCGGAACAGUUGGAAAAUGAAUUGAAGAUGGAAAAGGAACAUAAAGAAGAACUUUUACAGCAAGUUACAAGUGCAAAGGAAGAGAUAAUUGAAUUGAAUAACAAUAAUCAAUCACUCAUAGACGAGUUGAAGAUGAGUAAAGAAAGAGACAUUGAAACACAAGUCGAGAUUUCAUUGCUGAAAUCGAAAUCUCAUCUUCAAGAAUAUAGCCUGGCUUACAAGAAUGGAUCAUAUUCAUAUGUCACUGAUCAAUCAAAGGACGAAGCUGAAAAGUUAAAUAGAGAGAAAGAGAAAGAGAAAGAGAAAGACAAUGACAGUAUCAGAAUCAGUUUGGAAGAAUACAACUACUUGGUUAAAGAGGUUGCGAAGGGAAGUGAAAAAGGAAACGAGAUAGAGUUAGCAUUCAUGAAAAGAGAGCUUGAAAAUGCAUCAUUGAAAAUUUCAGAGAUGAGGAAUCGUGCGGAACAAGCUAUCAGCAGAGCUGAGUUAGCUGAGAAUGGUAAAGCAGCAUUGGAGGAUAAGAUAAGGAGACACCGCGAACAUAGGCUGAGAAAGAAGGCGGCUCUAACCGCGCUUCGCGAGGAAUCUACGCCUAAACCAUUUACUCCUUCAACAUCAUAUGGAACACCAAGUCUGUACCAGCCAUUAAGUAAAGUUCUCAAUAUGAAGUUGUAAAAGUUUUUACUGAUAUGUUUACAUUAUUUAGUGUGACUAAUACUAUGUGAGUUGUUACUUGUUAA